AUGAAAAAGGGAAAGCAGGUGAAUGAUGACAAUGAGCCCCCCACUUAUCAGGAGGCGACUGCAGGCUUUGAGGAGAUGGAGGCCCAGUUUGCCUGGGACGACAAAACCAUCAGGCGGACCUUCAUCAGGAAGGUCUACGCCAUUCUCAUGGUUCAGCUGCUUGUGACAGUGUCCAUUGUUGCUCUCUUCUCAUUUUGUGCGCCUGUGAGGUAUUAUAUUCAGACUCAUCCUGGCUUGUACAUGGCAUCUUAUCUCAUGUUCUUUGUCACCUACAUUGCUUUGUCCUGCUGUGGAGACCUGAGGAGGCAGUUUCCUUGGAAUAUCAUUUUGUUAGUUCUCUUUACCUUGAGCAUGGCCUUCAUGAUGGGAUUUGUGGCCAGCUUUUAUAACACCAAAUCAGUGGUCCUGUGUCUGGGAAUCACAGCUCUGGUGUGUCUCUCUGUCACCAUCUUCAGCUUCCAGAGCAAGAUUGACGUCACAUCCUAUCAGGGUGUCUUGUUUUCUUUGUGCAUGGUCAUGCUCCUCUGUGCCAUCACCAUGUCCAUUGUCGUCCCUUUCGGCUAUGUUCCCUGGUUACAUGCCCUCUAUGCUGUGGCAGGAGCCAUCCUCUUUACUCUGUUCCUGGCAUUUGACACUCAGUUGCUGUUAGGGAACAAGCGCUACAGUAUAAGUCCAGAGGAAUAUGUUUUUGCCACCCUCAGCCUCUACCUGGACAUUAUCUACCUGUUCAGCUUCCUGCUCCAGAUCCUGGGAGGAGGCCGCGAGUAA